CUGCGAAUGAGGCUCUUCAUAGCCGACCUCUGUUGGAUGCGUUCAAGAUCAGAUGCAAGCACAGUGUGGUCUAGAAUCGCACAGGGCCUCCUAGCCUCCAUCUCACACUGCCUGCUGCGGAUCUUGGUCCGCCACUCAAGAGUCAUAAUUCCCGUCGUCACUGGCGCACCGAUAGUAGUACAGUCAUUACUGCCCAGCUCGCUACAAGAUCUAGUUGAUGAAGCUAAAGCGUUAAAAGACGCACACACCACAUCAUUCCAUAUCGAUCCCGCAAUCGCUGCGCCACACAAACACUGUCCCGCCCGCCACAUCAAAGUCCCACUCCACGACAUUACCCGUGCAACUUGUCCUAACGGCCAUGACUGCGCUCGUUGUACGAUCACCUCAUUCAUACUCUCGACCUCAAAGGUGCGCACGUGCAUCACAUGCGGUUGGAAGGCCUUGCUGCCGUUUGCAGCGUCGGAUGAGGGCCAGUUGCCUGUCGCUGCACAGAGUUGGAUCGUCAGGGAUUUGCUGGAGGCUGUACAGCGGUGUUUGUUUUGCGGAAAUGGCUUUGUGGAAAUC